GUUUUUAUCGAGAACCAGUAAGCAUGACCGCCAAUUGAGGGCGCUACACACGUGCACCGUGCAACUCUUGGAUUGUCGUCCAACAACUUCACAAGUGGCAGUUAUUCCUGCCAAAUGGUGGGUAUGAAAGAACUGUGGAAAUCAUGGGUUUUCUGAGGCAGUCCAUACUCCGUGUGAUCCGUCCUCUGUCCACCUCAAGUAUCUGUCGCUGUGAGGUGCGUGUAAGGUUUGCUCCAAGCCCAACUGGACAUAUUCACCUCGGAGGCCUUCGGACUGCGCUCUACAACUACAUCUUUGCCAAAGCACACCGUGGCACAUUUAUUCUGAGGAUUGAAGAUACCGAUCAGACGCGGCUAGUUCCUGGAGCUGAAGAUCAUCUGCAGGAGAUGCUAGCAUGGUCUGGAGUCAACCCAGAUGAAGGUCCCGUUCAAGGAGGGAGUUUCGGCCCUUAUAAACAGUCAGAGCGAUUGCACAUCUACAAGGAACACAUGGAGACAUUAGUCAAGACAGGGGCUGCCUACCACUGUUUCUGUACAGAACAAAGGCUGGAACUCCUGAGGAAGGAAGCCAUGAGAAAUAGACAGGUCCCCCGCUAUGAUAACAGGUGCCGUCACCUAUCGCACCACCAGGUACAAGACCACUUGCGGUCAGGGAAACCGAGUGUAUUGAGAUUGAAGCUGGAGCCAAAUAUUGAAUCCUUUGAAGAUCUGGUUUAUGGCAAAACAAGUCACGAUGUUGGUGUUAUAGAAGGAGAUCCGGUUCUGAUUAAAAGUGAUGGUUUUCCAACCUACCAUUUUGCCAAUGUGGUUGACGAUCACCUCAUGGGUAUAACGCACGUCCUGCGGGGAAUGGAGUGGCUAACAUCGACCCCCAAACACUUGUAUCUCUACAAAGCUUUUGCCUGGAGUCCACCAAAGUUUGCACACUUGCCGCUUCUGCUCAAUAGAGAUGGGAGUAAGUUAUCCAAACGUCAAGGUGAUAUUUUUGUUCAACAUUUCAAGGAUGCAGGAUUCUUGCCAGAAGCAGUCGUCAAUUUCAUCACAUUCUGUGGCUCAGGGUUUGAGGAGAACAAGACAAUACGCAGCAUGCAGCAAUUGAUUCAAGAGUUUUCAUUACACCGAGUCUCGACCCAUUCAGCUGUGCUUGAGAUGAGACUACUACCGGAGGUCAACAGAGGUCAUAUCAUCCGACUCCUGACUCAUACAGAAGGCAGGCAUAGACUGGUCGCCCUGCUCCGGCAACAAGUGGCUGAGCUUCUAACAAGGUCAGAAGGAAACAACAAGAUGGAAAACCUAACAGACGAGUAUCUGCUGAGAGUUCUUGAAGCAAGGAAACACCAUAUUGAUAAGAUACAAGACUUAUGUCAACCUGAUUAUAUCUACCUGUGGAUACCACCGCGACUCAGUAAAGGGGAAUUGAUGUCAGUUUCCAGCCAGGCAGAGUUGGUGUUGGACAGAGCCUGCAAGGAAAUUGACAGUCUUCAAGAAAAAGUGUUGAGUGAGGUGACAGACCUGUCUCCCAAGCUGAGACAGUGUAGCGAAAGCUUGGCCGGCAUUCCUUAUUCCAUAUUCAUGAGGGUGCUGAGAAUAGCCCUGAGUAAUGUAAAGAAAGGAGCAAGUGUAGCAGAGAUGAUGUCAGUUCUAGGAAAGACAGAAACACUUCACCGUUUACACGCAGCUCAUGAGAUAGUCAGACAAAAUGAAACACACAGCAGGUGAUAGCACUGAACGAGAUCCAUCGACUUACUGGCGCUUCGACGAAUCAGAUUUGAUGUUUGGAAAUGCACACGACAAAAUCCACCGCAGUUGAAUCAAGUUGAAACUUCAGAGCGUCCAUACUUGCCGAGGCUGAUUUAAGCUUACCAGAUUUUCAAAACUUUUAUUUUAAAGACACUUAGGAACAUUUGCAAUUACCCAGAAAGGGACGUACCGAUGGAAUGAGAACAUCCUUACUCAAAGUGCAGACGGGACUGGUACCAAAUACCUUGUGAAAUUAUUCCGCCUGAAAUGGUAUCAUUCAGAAGAAAACAAUCAUUGAAGACGGUUUAAGAAAAUGUGCCCAUGGGCAGACUUAUUUAUGUGCGUUGCAACAGAAUCCAGAGACCCCAAAAAUCGUGCAUACGUUUUCACUGUUUUCUCAAACUGUAGAGUGUUCACUGAGCUGAAACAUCAACAAGUUCGUUGUUACACACCGUCUUAAGAUUUUGAGCAAUUUUGCUGCUUCAAAUAAAAAAAAACCACAAAAGGAAAUGUUCCCAUUACCUUGAAUAACUAUUCCCUUUUUUUUCUUAAGCAAGAAAAUACACUGGAUUCUUUAGGUCUUUACAUCAUGCAUUUAUUUACAAUGAAAUGAGUUACACGUACACAUUUAUUUAUAAAGUAAAGUAUGCCAAAUGUAGUACACAGUACCCAAAAUAAACUCAUGUAGUGUUGGUUUGU